CGCGAGCGCCAAUACGCACUUCCACGGGUCUCUCUGUCGGACCGCAGGGAGAGGAGGAUGUGAAGCGAGGGGAAAAAAAGGAUUUCAUACGAAAGAAUAAAUCGAAUAAGCUAAAGUAACAAUGUCUAAGCAAAGCACUAUUUUUAACUUUUUCACCAAGUCGCCGCCGCUCACCGCCAAAGCCAAACCUGCACCUUCUCCCACCGAGGCGGACCUGCCGUCCUCGGUGCGCAAAUCGAACACUUCCCCUAAAGAAGAGGCGAAGCAGGCGGCGUCCCAGAGCACUAAAAAGACCCCGGCGAAACCGAGCAAAACUCCUGCUAAAGGAGGCAUCAGCAAACUUUUUGGAGACAAAGCAUCCUCCGUGAAAGAGAGCCCGCCAUGCACAUUCAGCGCGGGCGCUCUGGUGUGGGCGAAACUGGAAGGGCACCCCUGGUGGCCGUGCAUGGUAGUGCCCCAGCCGCUGACCGGGCAGCAGAUGAGGGGCCGUGGGAGGGACCAGCGCCUGCACGUCCACUUUUUCGACGAGCCGCCGACCCGGGGCUGGGUCAGCGUCAAAUACGUCCGGGAGUACCAAGGCUCAAACAGCAGUGAUGCGAAGACUGGGGGCGUGUUCUUCAGCGGGAAGCCCGUGAUUCGCCGGGCCAUGGAGCUGGCAGACCGUGUCCUGCCUGACAGCCCCGAGAAGAGGCUGCAGAUGCCUCUCUGCACAGAUCCCUCUGAGGAUGAGGAAAACGACGAAGAGGAAGAGAUGGAGGUUGAUAAGUCAACGGUUACUGAUGAAGAGGAGGAGGAGCAGGAUGAAGAAGUGAAGGCAAAGCCAACUCGUCGUUCAACCAGGGCCAGGGGUGAGGAGGGACAGAAACCAAAAAGACGGCGUAUUGUGGUGGCGUCGGACAGCGAGGGGUCGGACGAGGAAUUCAAACCAGAGCAGGCAGGGGGCAGCAGCGAGGAGGAUGAGGAGGGCGUGAGCAGCGGGGUGGACGAGGGAGAGGAGGAGAGCGAGCCGGAGGAGUCCGAGCCAGACAGCCCCGUGAAGCCCGUCAAACGCAAGCGCCCGGCGGAAAAACCGGCCAAGACGAAGGCUUCUGUCCCCGCCGAGCCUCCCAAAAGAGCGCCCGCCGCACUCUCCACGGUGACCGCCGAAACCAAGUCCCGGCUGUCGGCUUUCUCCGCCCCGGACAGCUUCGAGAGCCAGGCGAACGGCGCCGGCGGGGGGGCGGGUGAAGGGACCACCGUCUGGGACCACGAGAAGCUGGAGUGGCUGCAGGAAGGCAGGAGGAGGGACGCGAAGAGGCGCCGCCCGACAGAUGAGGACUACGACCCCAACACGCUGUACAUCCCCGAGGACUUCCUGAACAAGACCACGCCUGGCAUGCGGCGCUGGUGGCAGCUCAAGUCUGAGAUGAUGGACACGGUCAUCUUCUACAAGGUGGGCAAGUUCUACGAGCUCUACCACAUGGACGCUGUGACCGGGGUCAGCGAGCUGGGCUUGAGCUUCAUGCGGGGCACCUGGGCGCACUCCGGGUUCCCGGAGAUCGGCUUCGCCCGCUUCUCGGACGUCUUGGUGCAGAAGGGCUUCAAGGUGGCCCGCGUGGAGCAGACGGAGACGCCCGAGAUGAUGGAGGCCCGCUGCAAGACCAUGCUGCGGCCCACCAAGUUCGACCGCGUGGUGCGCCGGGAGGUGUGCCGCAUCAUCACCCGGGGCACGCAGACCUACAGCGUGCUGGACGGUGCCCCGUCGGAGACGCAGAGCAAGUACCUGCUGAGCGUGAAAGAGAGGGCGGAGGACGAGGGCUCGGGCGGCCGGCGCGCCUACGGAGUGAGCUUCGUGGACACGUCGGUGGGCCGCUUCCACCUGGGCCAGUUCCAGGACGACCGGCACUGCUCUCGCUUCCGCACGCUGGUGGCGCACUUCCCCCCGGCCCAGGUGCUCUUCGAGAGGGGCAACCUGUCCGCCGAGAGCCGCAAGAUCCUCAAGGCCUCGCUGUCCUCGGCCUUGCAGGAGGCGCUAGCCCCGGGGGCGCAGUUCUGGGACGCCGCCAAGACCCUGAAGGUGCUGGCCGAGGAGGACUACUUCAAAGAGAGCGAGGCGAAGGACGGCGAGGCCCUCCCGGCCACGCUCAAGGCCAUGACCUCGGAGAGCGACUCGCUGGGCCUGACCCCCGGCGAGGGCUAUGAGCUCGCCCUCUCCGCCCUGGGCGGGUGCAUCUUCUACCUGAAGAAGUGCCUCGUGGACCAGGAGCUGCUCUCCAUGGCCAACUUCGAGGAGUACGUCCCGGUGGACGUGGAGAUGGAGCAGUCCGGGGGCUCAGCCAGCUUCUUCGCCCAGACCCGCCAGCGCAUGGUCCUGGAUGGGGUGACCCUGGCCAACCUGGAGGUCCUGCAGAACAGCUCGACGGGGGGCGCGGAGGGCACCCUGCUGGAGCGCCUGGACACCUGCUGCACCCCCUUUGGCAAGAGGCUCCUGAAGCAGUGGCUGUGCGCCCCGCUCUGCAACCCCAACUCCAUCGCGGACCGGCUGGACGCCGUGGAGGACCUGAUGGCUGCCCCGGCCCAGGCCAGCGAGGUCACGGAGCUGCUGAAGAAGCUGCCGGACCUGGAGAGGCUCCUGAGCAAGAUCCACAGCAUGGGGACCCCGCUGAAGGGCAAGGGCCAGGGCCACCCCGACAGCAGGGCCGUCCUGUACGAGGAGGUCACCUACAGCAAGCGCAAGAUCGCCGACUUCCUCUCCGCCCUGGAGGGCUUCAAGACCAUGCAGCAGAUCGUGUCCGCCCUGGAGCCGGCGGCGGACGGGUUCCGCUCCAAGCUCCUCCGGCAGGUGGCGGUCCAGAAGGCGGAGGGCAACGAGGGUCUUUUCCCGGACCUGUCCGGGGAGCUCCAGCGCUGGGACACGGCCUUCGACCACCAGAAAGCCCGCACCACCGGCGUCAUCACCCCCAAGAGCGGCUUCGACCCCGAGUACGACCAGGCGCUGGCGGGGAUCAAGGACUGCGAGCGCGGCCUGCAGGAGUACCUGGACCGGCAGAAGAAGCGGCUGGGCUGCAAGAGCCUGGCGUACUGGGGCACGGGCCGGAACCGCUACCAGAUGGAGGUGCCCGACAGCGUGUCGGACCGCAGCGUCCCGGAGGAGUACGAGGUGAAGUCCACCAAGAAGGGCUGGAAGCGCUACCAGACGCGGGAGAUCGAGGGGCUCUUCUCGGACCUGCAGGGCUGGGAGGAGAAGCGGGACUCCGCGCUCAAGGACUGCAUGCGGAGGCUCUUCUACAACUUCGACAAGAACUACAGAGACUGGCAGACCGCAGUGGAGUGCAUGGCCGUGCUGGAUGUGCUGCUGUGCCUGGCGCAGUACAGCCAGGGCGGGGACGGAGCCAUGACCCGGCCCGAGGUGGUCCUCCCGGAAGACGGCCCGCGGUCCCAGCCCUUCCUGGACCUCAGGGGCUCGCGCCACCCCUGCGUCACCAAAACCUUCUUCGGCGACGACUUCAUUCCCAACGACGUCUUCAUCGGCUGCGCCGGCGGCGAGGAAGGCAGCGAGGAGGAGGGGCGGGCGACCUGCGUGCUCGUCACCGGGCCCAACAUGGGCGGCAAGUCCACCCUCAUGAGACAGUGCGGGCUGGUGGUGAUCCUGGCCCAGCUGGGCUGCUACGUGCCGGCGGAGAGCCUGCGCAUGACCCCGGUGGACCGGGUCUUCACCAGGCUGGGGGCGUCGGACCGCAUCAUGACCGGGGAGAGCACCUUCUAUGUGGAGCUGAGUGAGACAGCGAGUAUUCUUCACCAUGGGACCAGCCAUUCCCUCGUGCUCCUGGAUGAACUGGGAAGGGGCACGGCCACGUACGAUGGCACGGCCAUCGCAAGCGCGGUGGUGAGGGAGCUGGCCGAGAGGAUCCGCUGCCGCACCCUCUUCUCCACCCACUACCACUCCCUGGUGGAGGACCACGCCCGGGACCCUGCCGUCAGGCUGGGACACAUGGCGUGCAUGGUGGAGAACGAGUGCGAGGACCCCAGUCAGGAGACGAUCACGUUCCUUUACAAGUUCAUACGGGGAGCGUGCCCCAAGAGCUACGGGUUCAACGCUGCCCGCCUGGCCAGCAUCCCAGAGGAGGUCAUCCAGUCAGGACACAAGAAGGCCAGAGAAUUCGAGAGGAGCACCGUCACCCUGCGGGUCUUCAGACAGCUCUGUUCAUUCGCUGAAGAUCCCAGAGCCGAUGGUGAACGCUUCGCCUCGUUGGUCCACAUGAUUGGCCAACUGUAAUGCAGACCAGUUCUUCAUCUCCCACCGACACCCCUCCCCCCUUUUUUCUUGU